UUUAUUUGGGCAUUUAAUCUUUACUCAAAACUGAUUGGAAACUUUUUAUUUAUUAUUAUUAUUAUUAUUAUUAUUAUUAUUAUUUGUUUAACCCCUUUCUGUUUGCUGCGUUGACCUGAGAAAAACAGCCAGUUUGUUUUGCUACAUGCUGCUUGAAAAGAUUGAUUUUAAUAUUAAAUAUUAAUUAUUGAGUGAAAUGUAAGUUUGCAUUUGGCAUCCACAGAACAUAUUUAGCUAACUGAUGUAUUUAUAUAAACAUAAGCUAAGUUUUGGUUAAUGAAUGGCCAAUGAACAAAUUGACUGACCAAUCUAUUGUGUCCAAAUCUAUACAGGUUUUUUUAAGUAGGUUUAUAAUUAAAAUUUCUGUAUUAGCAUUUCCUCAAAUUGUGCAAGCUCUUACUUAAUUUAUUUACCCAGAAUGGCUUUUAGGAACCGCUGCCAAAGAUAUUUUAUUAUUAUUUUAUUUAUUUAUUUAUUUUUUACAGCUGAAAAAAUUAUUCAUAAAUGAUUUUCAAACCCCUGCAUCAACAUGUCAGCUGUUUUAGCAGAUUCAAAACUCUUAAAGAAAAUGUUAUGGUCUGAACUCCUGAGCUGUCCAGGGUGUCCUCCGCCUCUCAACCUUUGACCCCUGGAGACAGGCAUCAACCUCCCCAUGAUCCUGCAAGGCUGAAGGUGACGGGGUGAAACAGGUCACCAGUCCAUCACACCCCAGGAGCAACAAUGAAUCCCGCCUCUCAGCAGGAUUACAGAUGUAGAAGCUGUUAUCACAGCGGGUUUCUCCCAGGAGCAGUCCUACCCACAGUGAAUCUGGUGGAUUUCUGUGGCCAAACAAUCCGAAGAGAUGGAAUGAUCGUCAAGUCACACCAGGAAUCCAAAAAGUACUACUUUGUGACCAUGGGAACAGACUGUCACCUCACCAUGCAGGCCAGCUCCCCUAAAGACAAGGUCCAGUUCUACUUUCGCUUCUUCCUAGUCUACAGUUUGCUCAGAGUGGCUCCUUUAAGCCCCGCCCCUCUCGUCCAAGAGUCCUCACGUAGCUCCACCUUUCUCAACUCAAGACUUGAUCCCACGUCCGGUGGAAGCCCAGAAGACCCGUGUUAUGCCGGCUCCUACCUUCAGUUCUAUGACGGAAGAGACCGGAGCUCCCCAGCUCUUGGGCCGCCUCUCUGCGGGAAGACUGCUCCCCGGCCAGUUCUGUCCACAGGAAACUACUUGACCCUAAGGCUGGUGACGCGGGGGACUCAGCCCAGGGUUGAUUUUGUUGGAGACUUUACCUCCUUCAGACUGGGGUUCAACCAAUCAGAGUGUAGAAGUGAGCCCUACUUCACCUGUAGAAAUGGAAAGUGCAUCCCCGUCAGUCUUGUGUGUGACGAUAAAGACGUUGACAACUGUGGAGAUGGAAGUGACUUGGAGGAAAAUCUGACAGGCUGCAAAGGUCAGCUUUCAUCCACUGAACGCCCGCCCCAGAUUUCUACACCAACCCUGUCCUUGGUGAGUCUACCAACCCAUGUUGGUGGGAGGUGUAUGAACUGCAGUGUAACACGCAGCAGUGUGAGGCGGGAGUCAGUAACCGUCUCCUCCUCGUCCUCGUCUCUGCUGGCUUUAUACGUCGUCCUGGGUGUAGUGGCGGGGGGCUUGGUUCUCUGCUGGUGCUGCUGGUCGCCUGCUUGGUUCCUGUGGCGGCUCAGCGUCUGCCGCUUCUUGCCGUGCUGCAAGUCAACCUGCGCCUCCUGCACUUUCUUUCCCUGCAACUGUGCAAACGCCAAGGAACAGCGAGUGGCAAAGGUCAGCCCUCACACGCCGGUCAGCAGGAACCCCCCGGACCCAGCGGCCAGCGCCGGCGACAAUCCGUGUUGACUGUUUCGGACCGCUUUCCACUUCCUGGUUUGGCGUUCACAGACGCGAUGCUCUGACCAGUGGUCAUGACAGCAAAACUUUUAUUUGUAGAGGUUGAUCCGAUGAGGUCAAUUUUGCGACACCGACUUUAGCGGAGAGCAGAAGGGCAGUGGGAGCUGGAGAAGCACGGUUUAGUUUUUGUAGCCUGUCCAGCCCUGCAUCAGAAACACCGGGCUUGUUUGAAUCUGUAAUUAAAUUUGUUUCAGCUGUUCUCUUGAGCCACACGUACUUUCCCUCUCCAGAAUCAGCUAAUAGAUUAUUUAAACUCUCGCUAUUCACCUGUUAGCGACAAGAAAACAUCGAAGCAAUAGCAAGACCGGCUCGUUAUUACCUGAUCAUGCUCGCAGUAAAACUGCUCAAUCUGAUGUGUUUAUCUGUCCAGCGCUACUCUGCCGCCUUGCUUAUGCAAUAUGGCUGAUCUUUCAACUGGUGAAGCAGGAUAUGGUCUACCUGUGUAGUUUGAAUGUGAGCUGUUUUGUUGAACCGUAAUAAAACCAUAUUUAUCCUCAAUGUAGUUUACAAACAUCUCCGGUUCAGCAAAAUGACUGUGGAGAAGGAAAUUCAGAACAAAACUUUUUGAUUGUUUAAUGAGUUUAUGCCUGUGAAUUGGGUCAGGGCCUUGAGACGACUCUUAUUGUAAAC